GAGACGUGUCAGUCAGCCAAAAGUCAAUCAAUUUCAAUAGAAAUAGUAGGUAUUGUUGAAAUUGAUGUAUGAGAAUUAAAUUAUUGAAUAUCUAGAAUAGGCGAAAAUUUAAUCCCUCUCCAAGAUGACGACGUCGGUAGAGCCGACAGUGGGCAAUGGCCGCAACAAAGGGAUAUUUAACAACAUGACCGGCUUUAGUACAUUGAUCACGGUUACAGUUUUGACUCUAGCUUGGUUGGCCGGUUUCGCAUCCCGGCUUUUCGCUGUUAUUCGUUUCGAAAGUAUUAUUCACGAAUUCGAUCCUUGGUUCAACUACAGAUCUACAGCGUACAUGGUGCAGCAUGGGUUUUAUAAUUUUCUAAAUUGGUUCGACGAGCGAGCGUGGUACCCGCUUGGGCGCAUCGUGGGGGGUACAGUUUACCCUGGUCUUAUGAUCACAUCAGGGUCAAUACAUUGGUUACUUCAUGCCCUGAAUAUUCCAAUACAUAUAAGAGAUAUUUGUGUGUUCCUCGCACCAGUGUUCAGUGGUCUAACAGCAAUAGCUACAUAUUUGUUGACCUCUGAGCUGUGGUCGCGUGGAGCUGGUCUGUUUGCGGCGUGUUUCAUAGCCAUUGUGCCUGGCUAUAGCAGCAGGUCUGUAGCAGGCAGCUACGACAAUGAGGGAAUUGCUAUAUUUGCUCUACAAUUCACAUACUUCUUGUGGCUGAAGAGUUUAAAGAGUGGUUCAGUUUUCUGGUCAAUAUGUACAGCACUCUCUUAUUUCUAUAUGGUAUCAGCAUGGGGUGGCUAUGUGUUCAUCAUCAACUUGAUUCCUCUGCAUGUGUUUGUGCUGCUCAUCAUGGGCAGAUUCUCUCAGAGGCUGUUUGUCAGCUAUAGUGUGUUCUACAUUGUGGGACUGCUGUUGUCCAUGCAAAUUCCAUUUGUUGGAUUCCAGCCAAUCCGCACCAGUGAACAUAUGGCUGCAUCAGGGGUGUUUGCACUGUUGAUGGCAAUCGGUGCUCUAAAGUACUUACACAGUCUGAAUCCAAAGGGACAAUGGAAGCAGCUGCUCAUAGUUGGUGGGUUGAUUGCUGCAGCGUUGGUAUUCCUCAUGGUUGUGUUGCUUACGUAUAUGGGUGUCAUUGCGCCAUGGAGUGGCAGAUUCUACUCCCUAUGGGACACAGCAUACGCAAAGAUCCAUAUCCCAAUCAUAGCCUCAGUAUCAGAGCACCAGCCUACAACAUGGUCGUCCUUCUUCUUUGAUCUCCACGUGCUUGUGUGCACAUUCCCUGUUGGGCUGUGGUACUGCAUCAAGAAUAUCAACGAUGAGAGAGUUUUUGUGGCCUUAUACGCGUUAAGUGCGGUGUACUUUGCGGGCGUGAUGGUGCGUCUCAUGCUAACACUGACCCCCGUUGUGUGCGUGCUGUCGGGUAUAGCCUUCUCCAUUCUGCUCGAUCUCGUACUGCGGGAGGAUGAAAUGCCCACUGCGCCUGUGGAGCCUAAUGACAAGAAUCUCUAUGACAAGGCUGGUAAAGUAAAGAAGCGUGCCCCAGAACCGACAGCGCAAGCGGAUUCAGGUCUCGGAAUGAACGUGCGAUCGGGUGUCCUCAUUGCCUUCAUGAUCUUGCUAAUGUUAUUCUCUGUGCACUGCACCUGGGCUACAUCCAAUGCCUACUCCAGCCCUAGUAUUGUGCUGGCCAGUUAUGGAAAUGAUGGAUCACGUAAAAUAUUAGACGACUUCAGAGAAGCCUAUGGCUGGUUAUCGCAAAAUACAGCUGAAGAUGCUAGAGUUAUGUCCUGGUGGGAUUAUGGUUAUCAGAUUGCGGGAAUGGGCAACAGAACGACUCUAGUAGAUAACAAUACUUGGAAUAACUCUCACAUAGCACUGGUCGGCAAAGCUAUGGCCAGUAAUGAGACGGCGGCGUACGAUAUAAUGACCAUGCUGGAUGUAGAUUAUGUGCUGGUUAUAUUUGGAGGCGCUAUCGGCUACUCUGGGGAUGAUAUCAACAAGUUUAUAUGGAUGGUGCGGAUCGCUGAGGGAGAGCAUCCUAAAGAUAUCCAUGAAGCAGACUAUUUCACGGAAAAAGGGGAGUACAGAGUAGAUUCAGAAGCGUCUAAAACUAUGUUAAACUGUCUAAUGUACAAAUUAUCCUAUUAUAGAUAUGACAGCGGCGGCAGUCCGCCGGGCUACGACCGUACGCGCGGCGCGCUGCCCGGCAACCGCGGGUUUAAGCUUACUUACCUUGAGGAGGCUUACACUACCGAGCAUUGGCUCGUCAGAAUAUACAGAGUGAAAAAGCCGGAAGAAUUCAACCGGCCUCGUUUGCCGUUGGCGAAAAGGACGAUACAAACCAGCAAUAGUAUGUCCAAAAAGCUUGCUUACGGUGUAGGAUCGAUGGUAUAGUACAAAACCUCAAAAAGGAGAAAAGGCGUACUGAAGAACAAGCCGACGCUAGUGAAGGGGAAAAAAGUGACGAAGUUGUAGUGAUGCAAUUGAGCGCGCGGCCUAGUGAUAUAAUCAUAUCUGUGGUAACUAUGCAGUUUUCUUCUUUUGAGUGAUAGUCUAUGGUAUAAAGCACAUAAAGUGCGUCAAAAUCUAGUUCUCUCGGAGUGAGUGGGAUGUUUUAAGGUGGAUGCUACGGCUCUGCCCGCAAAAUUCAAAUUUAAUUUGGUUUUUUGCAAUUUGUAAACUAAUACGACUACGUAGGCUUAUGGCAUUUUAAUUGCACCAAUGGCAGUAUCAUCCUAACAGGUUUAUAUAAAAAUCUUUAUUUGAAACGGUCCAGUUUAAAAAAUUUGCUCUAGUAUCGACUAAUUUGUACAAAUUCGUACUAGUUUAGAAUUUGCGAAAAACCACAUUAAAUUUGAAUUUUGCGGGCAGACCCGUUGCAUGCCCCUUAAACUUGUCCAUUGAAGUAAAUUAGUACCUACCCUAUAGGUACAUUUAUUUUACUUCUAUAAGAGUUAUUUUAAACAAAAAUCAUGUUCUAUGAAGCUGUCAAAAUUAGUAUGGCGCUGGACAUCAAGUUGCAAGCAAAAACGAGUUGCAGCCCGCAAACAUUUUUUAGUAGUCGAUAAAUUGUCGUACUAUAAUUAUUCUACUGCAUUCCUAUCUGCCAAUAAUAAUAAUUGUUUCAUUAACAGUAGAUCCUUGAUGUAUAAUUGCUGUUACGCGAUGUCGACAAGCUAAAAAUUAUUGAAUUUGUCUUAUAAUACGCCACUCACUCGUUUUCAAACAGCAUAAUGUUCUAACUACACAGAUGCGCUUUCAACUUGCAUAGAGGUAUACUUCAUGUAAGAUACUGAAGCAAUGCGUGCCAUAGCGAAUGCGUCUACGCUUAGUAUAAAUUUAUAGUAAAGUUGAGCGUGUUACGUGUGCGUCACAAACGAGGGAGAGAAUGCAUGAGUGCGUGCGUUAUUGCGUGCACCAGAGCGUUUGACGCAUGCGCUAAGUUGAAAGCGAAAAAGUGUAGUUCGACCUAACAGAAGUUCUGCGUAACCUAUACCAUAGAUAACAGUGUUUUUUUUUAUGUUCCAUAGUUAAGAGUAAUUCUGACGAAAAUAAUAACGCAAGUGAGAAUGUUGUGCUUAAUAUUUCAUUCAGUUUGUUACGAGUAGAUUUGUCUGUUACGUUUUUGAUUGUAUGAAAUAAAGCGCCCAAGUUAGGCUAAAAAGCCUAACAGAGCGCCUUUAUUUUAAGCUGAUUAUUAUACAAAAUAUACAAUAGAUAUACUAUUUUAGUUUAAUAUAUAUAUAUAAAUAUAUUUAAGCAAACGACCCCAUUUGUUUCAUUAUUUUGAUUCAACGUUCAACAAUAAUAAUACUAUAUUAUGCAUAAUAACUUAUAAAAACCUUUGAACGGCGAUAUAAAUAUUUUAAGGCAUUUUUAAGUUUACUGAAGUCAUUAAUAACUUUAAUGCAACUUUAGUGAAAUUAAACGUCUACAGUUCAAGUUACUUAAUAUGUGCAGGUAAAUGGUAUCAAUAUAAAAUACAUCGCGAAUAAUGCCGGUCGGUAAAUAUUAAAUUCGAGUGAUGAAUAUAUUAUAAGAUAGGUUAAAAAUAAUAAAUAUGAUUUCUACUAACCGGCAUUAUUUAAUUAAGGUUGAUUCAUGCUAAACUGUACCAGGACCUGUCCGAGGCACGGACUUGCUCUAGCAUAGGUUUGUUUAUAGACACUACAUAUUGUCUUGUACGUUCCAGCUCUCGUUAACACGGCUAUAAAUAAUUAAAAAGUCAAUCGAAUCUAAGUUACUUACUAUUUAUAUCCAAAUGUUAUGUACUAUGUCUUAUAUACGCUGUACAAUGUAUAACAUAUCGUGAUAGCUCGUACCGAGUUAUUCUGAACACUGCUGCAUACUUACCACUGAUACGGAGUAUUUGAUCUAUGACUGACACCAAUCCUUUGUGUAUUUUAGUCUGUUAGAGAUGUUUCUUGAAUUUUAGAAGGUUAUAUUUAAAUUAUUUUACACAUGCUUGCAUGGACACUGGCAUAAUCCACAAAAAUAAUAAUGCUUUUACAC